AUGUUUCAUACUUUAUUCCCACUAUCAAGUCCUGUCUCUCCAAUAACUAAUAUGCUUCCUCUAUCUUUGGCGCUUCUCGUUUCUCUUAUUAAGGAAGCUUUUGAGGACUGGCAAUGUAUCAAUGAAGAUGUUGAAAAGGACGAUAUAAAUGAUGAAAUUCAAGAGGACGACAUAAAUGAUAAAAUUCAAGAGGACGACCUAAAUGAUAAAAUUCAAGAGGACGACGUAGAUGACGAAUUUCAAGAGGACGACAUAGAUCUAGAUGAUGAAUUUCAAGAGGAGGAUAUAGAUGGUGAAUUUCAAGAGGACGACGUAGAUGAAGAAUUUAUGGAGGAUGACAUAUCUAACGAAUUUCAAGAGGACGAUCUGGAUGCUUUACUCCUAGAAGACAAACUUGAAUGA